GCGGGGCGGCCGCAACGCGCCUGCGCGGGCCGGCGGCGGUCGGGGCGUUUCCGCGUGGGGGCCGUGCGCGCGCGGCGGCGCCAGGUGCGGGCGGGGGGCGCGCGGCGUUGCCGGGGCGACGGCGGGGCCGUUGCCAGGGCGACGCGGGGGCCGCGAGGGGAGCGGCCGGUUUCCAACCGCCGCUACAGAGUCGCGUAGACGCCGCAGCGGCGUCCGCGCUGGCGGGGCGCCCCCAAACCGGCACCGCGAGUCUCAGCGCGGUGACGAGCUCCCGGUGGCUCCGUGCGCCGCAGGGCCGGAUGGCGUCCACGGGGAGCCCGGGCGAGGAGGCGCCGCUGGAGGACGGGCUGCCGCCCGCCAAAAAGCCCAGGAAGCUGCUGCCGAGCCUGAAAACCAAGAAGCCCCGGGAGCUCGUUCUGGUGAUCGGCACGGGAAUCAGCGCGGCGGUGGCUCCCCGGGUCCCGGCGCUGCAGUCGUGGAAAGGGCUAAUCCAGGCCCUGCUGGAUGCUGCUAUCGACUUCGAUCUGCUGGAAGACGAAGAGAGCAGAAGGUUCCAGAAGUGUCUGCACGAAGACAAGAACCUGGUCCACGUCGCCCACGACCUCAUCCAGAAGCUGUCUCCGCGCACGAGCAACAUCCACUCGACGUUUUUCAAAGACUGUUUGUACGAGGUGUUUGACAACCUGGAGUCCAAGAUGGAGGACUCGGGGAAGCAGCUGCUGCAGUCCGUGCUCCACCUGAUGGAGAACGGGGCGCUGGUGCUGACCACCAACUUCGACAACCUGCUGGAGCUGUACGCGGCCCACCAGGGGAAGCACCUGGAGUCCCUCGACCUCACCGAUGAGAAGAAGGUGCUGGAGUGGGCGCAGGAGAAGAGGAAGCUGAGCGUGCUGCACAUCCACGGCGUUUACACGAACCCCAGCGGCAUCGUGCUGCACCCGGCCGGCUACCAGAACGUGCUGCGCAACACCGAGGUGAUGCGGGAGAUCCAGAAGCUGUACGAAACCAAGUCGUUCCUGUUCCUGGGCUGCGGCUGGACCGUGGACGACACCACGUUUCAGGCGCUGUUCUUGGAGGCCAUGAAGCACAAGUCGGACCUGGAGCACUUCAUGCUCGUGCGGCGGGGAGACGUGGACGAGUUCAAGAAGCUCCGCGAGAACAUGCUGGACAAAGGCAUCAAGGUGAUUUCCUACGGCGACGAGUACACGGACCUGCCCGAGUACUUCGAGAGGCUGGCGAGCGAGGUCGCCACCCGGGGCCAAGCAGGCGCGCCCAGAGAGGGGCAGCAGCUCAACGGCCCCGCGGCCGCCCGCGCCGAGGCGAGAGGCUGCAGCAGCUGAGCCCCGGGACCCGGCUGCUCCCCAGGACGAGCCCAAGCCGGUGCCUCCGGGGGAGCCAGUUGUGGAGCCCCUCCAGCGCCCGGCACCGGCGAGGCCAGGGCAGAGCCUCUUCACAUGAUGUAGAGAACCGGUUCUCUC